GACGACUCUGGAUCUUGAAGCUGUCUCUCUCAUAUCCCACUUCAAACCACUGCGGAAAGCUACAAGUAAGGAGCAAUGGCUCUCUCCCAAUCUUCCCACGGUGUCCUCAUAUGGAUCCUUGUCCAUGUCUCUUUUGUAGCUGCUAAACAUAGGCCGCACCACCACAGAAGCCAUUCUCCAUCCCCUAUCCCUAUACCAAACCCAAACCCAAACCCGUACCUGCAGCGUGCGUAUGUGGCGCUCCAAGAGUGGAAGAAGGUGAUUUACUCGGACCCAAAAAACUUCACAGGCAACUGGGUAGGGGCGUCGGUGUGCAGCUACAAAGGUAUAUUCUGUGCAACUUCCCCAUCUGAACCCAAAACCCAAGUGGUGGCUGGGAUAGACCUCAACCAUGCCGACAUGGCCGGCUUCCUUCCAGAAGCCCUUGGCCUUCUCACGGAUCUUGCUCUUCUCCAUCUCAAUAGCAACCGCUUCUGCGGCAUCCUCCCCUUUCCCAGCAGGGCACUGGUUAUUCCCUUGUGCCAAAUAUGCCCUUUCCCUGACGUUGUCCUCUCUCUCCAUUCCCUCAAGUACCUCGACCUCCGUUUCAACGAGUUUGAAGGUCCCAUCCCUCCAACCCUCUUCACCAAACCCCUCGAUGCCAUUUUUGUCAACAACAACCGCUUCACCAGCGUCAUCCCCCGUGAUUUCUCUGGAUCCUCAUCUGCUUCCGUAGUUGUGUUCGCCAACAAUAACUUCGGCGGCUGUCUCCCUCCCACCAUUGCCCGGUUCGCUGAUACCUUGGAAGAGCUCCUCUUGAUCAACACCAGCCUGUCCGGUUGUCUCCCCCCUGAAGUCGGGUAUCUCUACAAGCUACGUGUCUUAGACGUCAGUGACAACGGCUUUGUGGGUCCUGUUCCUUACAGCCUGGCCGGUCUCUCCCAUCUCGAGCUCGCCGUCCCUCUGGGUAUCUGCGUUCUCCCAAGUCUGUCCAACCUCACCGUUUCCUACAACUACUUCUGCGAAGAAGAAGGGAUCUGUGGAAACCUGACUUCCCGAGGAAUCGCUUUUGACGACAGCCAGAACUGUCUGCCUGAUAAACCCCACCAACGGAGCCAAAAGGCAUGCGAAGCCGUACUCGAGCAUCCCAUAGACUGCUACGACCAUGAAUGCUCCACCGCGACUGCCUCUGCCCCGGCUGUGGCCCCAGCCAUUGCUCCUGGUCCAGCAUUCCCUUGAUUGGACUCUAUGCUGAGACGUGUAUAUACGUAAAAUUUGAUUGUGGUUUGAAUGAACAUGCUCUAAGAUUGUAACAUUAUACAGUUGGUAUAGAAUACAAUAUAUUUCGUUGUUAA